CAAAACCUGAUGGUCAAUAUAGUGGCUAUCAAUGCGUUCGUGUUGAUCUUCUAUAGAAAGAAAUUAUACUUUGGGCGGUACGACUGGAAGAUUCUACUCUGGACGUUCGGAACACCUUUUGUUGGUGCCACGAUCGCAGGGAUAGCGGGUCAACUAGGUCCGAAUGGGGCAUUUUGCUACUUCGAUGGUGUUAAAGGGGAGAUAACGAAUUUAUUUUUCACAACGGUUCCUCUAUUGCUGGUUUUAGUAGUAAACACUGUCCUAUACGUGCUUACCUGGUACAUGAUACACACGGAAGGCAAGCGUCUAAAAGAUGUGAUCGGGAGACAGGCAUCAACAGUCAGAGCCUCCCACAAAAUAGCUCGGACAAUGUCGUUAUUUGUGACUGCUUUUUUCGUCCAAUGGUGGGCGAUGGCGCUGUACGGUAUAUGGCAAUUAGCAACAGCAGACGUUCCGCAAACUCUUUUUCAUUUAGUUACUACAUUUUCAAAUAUUGGAGGAAUCUUAAAUGGGAUUAUUUUCGUGAUUAUCAGACGCCGUAAAAUGACUGGGUAUUACGAGAAAGAGAAGAUGAAAGAAACUUCUACAUCUAACCGGGACUCUGGUAACGAGAGGCCGUCAUGUACCGUGGACAGCAGUUCCGAUGUGUAGAUGUUCAUUGUGUUUACACUGUUAAUAAUCAAAUAUGGAAAAUAUCAACUCUAUCAUAGUCUAUCUUUCACUGCAGUAAUGUUUCGUGAGGCUUAUAUUUGAACAAGAAUACUGUAUACCUUGUCGUUCGCCCAUGAAAUCAAUUGUCGCCCAGUGCUAAUUUCGCCCUUCAUAUUUACGCUCUAUGUAUAUUAUGCUGUUUACUGAUAUGCGCUGUUAUGAAAAAACCCAAUUCAUUACGGAGGACGAAAAGGCGAAAAUCAAACUGCUGGGAACAUUUCCCGGUAUACAGCAUACUACAAUUGUUAUAUAACGAUAUCAUGCC